CCCGGCUUCCCAAGUCAACAUCCGCUCAUCUCAUCUGCAAAUCAUUUCACGUGGUUGGUACAGCCUCGGCGGAUGCUCCACCCCGCGGCCGAUUCUUCCAAUGACGCUUCUGCUCCAUUCUCGUCUGGCAGUGCAGCAGCAACUUCACCAGUGGGGGAGCCCUUUUCGCGAGCGCACCCAGCUGUGGUCUCUUCCACAACACCAUGCAGGAAUCUCUGAAGGAGGCAAGUCUGGGAAGUCUGGUGAUGCUUUCUUUUUCCCCAAAUCUCACCACCGCUUUUGCCCACACCCUCCCUUUGUUUGACCUGUCUCCGCUCUUCCUAACCUCGCCGACUUUACGCGGAGCCUCGAUGAUCAAAUACAUGGCGAGAGAGUGGACGACAGCGGCAAGCUCGAUCUCGGUUGCACCAUGGCUGGCGCCACCGCCUCCCACAGACCGUCAUGGCUCGUGGAGAAACCUAGGAAUAUCAAGUGCAACAUGCCUCGAGAUGGGUGCUAGUGGGGGGGGGGGGGGGGGGGGGGGGGGGGGGGGGGGGGGGGGGGGGGGGGGGGGCUUUGAUGGGGCUCCAUGUCUCGGCCACUCCACAUUCUCCCUCACCGCCAAGGUCGAAGUGUCCUGUAGAGACGGAAAAGCCCCUCGUCACAGGAGGAGAGCCAGCAGCGCGCUCUCUGCAGGACUCAGCUCAUGAAGUGUUUAACCAGAUCACAAUCUGCCCAGCGGCUGCAUUUGCAAGUGUUGGAACAACUGCCCUCGCCAGGCCCCCUGCAUCGCCACCAUCUUGUCCGUCCCUGGUAUCCCAGAGUCCCAAGGGAAGUGUUCAAGUGUCCAUCUCAAUUCACAUGCAAAUGCAGCCGCGGAACG